AUGGCGUCGAUUACUGUCCGUUCGGUCCCUUCAUCUGCUGGCGUGAUCUUCGUCUUCCUCCUGAUGGGAGCGACUUUCGGUUUGGUCUCUGCCCAGCCGCCGUUCACGUACCUCGUCCAGGGAGGCGUGGACUCUUUCGGAAACGACUUCCGCCCCACGGCAGGCCCCCCAGCGAAUAGCGUAUGCGGCGCCAUCGCGUAUGGCGAGGACGCCACGGCCUGCGAAGCGCGUUGCAACGCGACGGCUGCCUGUGCUGGCUUUAUCCACUGGGCUCGCAACAAUUGCUGCUUCCUCAAAACCCAAUUAGUAAACCCAACGGUUUUUCUCGAGCUCGUGGCUCAUGUGAAGUCGCCCUUGGGCUUUACGUACUCCGUCAUGAAUGCAACGGACUAUUUUGGUAACGACUAUUUUCCCUUCGCCGGUCCCGUACCUUUCCCAGCUAUCUGCUCGGGUGGGGGGUAUGCCGAGAACGCAGCGGCCUGCGAAAUCCGCUGCAAUGCAGCGUCUAGCUGUGCUGGUUUCGUCUACUAUGCUGCUGUUAACUGCUGCUUCUUGAAAACCGCGCUAUCGACCGCAACGAGCAAUGCAGUCGUCGAGUCGCACGUGAAAACGGGCUAUCUUGGGUUCUUUCUCGAGCUUCAGACGGAGUAUCUUGGCUUCACGAUCGUCCCCCCCGGCGUUCCCACAUCAAAUCUCUGCCUGUAUCCCUUGAUAGCCGGCAUUUCUACAGGCGCCCAAACGCAGGCGAUCAUUGAGAGUGCUGCCGCGUGCGUGUUUCGCUGCAAUAGCACUCCUGGGUGCAUCGGGAUCUCUCACUACGCCGACCGGAACUGCUGCUUCCUAAAGACCACAGUCUCGCCGCUCGUCCCGUCCACGCUGGUGAUCCGGAACGCCAACUUCUACUCCAAAAGGGCUCCUGCGGGGGCACCUGCGGGGGUGUCCGAGUCGUGCCCACAGGGUUCAGGGGAGUCUGCCUGCCCAAUUGCGGAGUGCAGCCUGCAAGCGGCGGCUGCUAGAGUCGUGGAGGCGACGUCUGAUCACAAAGCUUCCCCCCUGGUAGAUUGA